UGCAAUCAAAUUUUAUUUCAGUUUUCAUACUUAUCUAAAAAAUUUCAUUAUCUUAUCAAAAGAAAAAAUUCUGUAUAAAACUCGUGUGAUUAAUUUAUCGCAAGUAUUAUCACUAUGACUCCCACGUGGUUCACUCUCGUCGCCCUUUUCGCUCUAACCCACGCCGAGAGACCCAUGGUGGGCACCCCAUUGGGUCAGCUCCAAGGGUACCAUCGCAAGUCGGCGAAACGCAACGUUUUUGCGGCUUUUGAGGGUAUUCCAUACGCCAAACCGCCCAUUGGUAGUCUCAGAUUCGAACCACCGGAACCCAUCGACCCAUGGGAGGGUGUCUGGAACGCCAGUACCAUCUUCGAGUGCGCCCAGACGACUCUGAUGAACCCGGAAGUACCCCAAGGGGACGAGGACUGUCUAUAUUUGAACGUGUAUGUACCACGUGACCACCCAGACCCAUCGGAGACCCUCGCCGUGGUAGUCCACAUCCAUGGUGGGUUGUUCAUGUAUGGUAGUGGGCACUCGUAUGCCCAUCCCGAGUAUUUCAUGGACGAAAACGUGAUUUUUGUCACUUUGAAUUAUCGAGUUGGCGUUUUUGGGUUUUUGAGUACCGGUGAUGACGUCAUUUCCGGUAAUAAUGGGUUGAAGGACCAAGUGAUGGCCUUGAAAUGGGUCAAGGAUAAUAUUGGGAGUUUCGGGGGGGACCCAUCGUGUGUGACCUUGCAUGGGUUAUCGACGGGUGGGUCGUGUGUCCAUUUGCACUACCUGUCACCCAUGAGUCAUGGGUUGUUCCAAAGGGGGUUCUCCCAAAGUGGGGUAGCCUUGAAUUCGUUUGUUUUGCAAGAUGAGGCGGCAAGGAGGGCGAGAAUGGUGGGGGAGGGGGUGGGGUGUCCCAUGGGGAGUACCAAUGGGUUGGUGGAGUGUUUGAAGGCGCGACCAGCCAGACAUAUUCUGGGUCAAAUGCCCAGAUUUUUUGGGUACAAAUUUCUACCAGUUGCCCCUUUUGGGCCCGUUUUGGAAAAAGGGCCAAAGGGCUUUGUUACCAAAAAUUUGUACUACCUUUUGGCCACUGGGCAAGUUCAGGAUCUACCAUGGAUGGUUUCGAGUGUGACCCAUGAAGGACUUUUCCCAACUGCGUUUUUGAUCAAAGAACUUGACUUUGUUAACAAAAACUGGACCGAAAUGGCUCGAUACAUACUUGAUUAUAAUGACACUCUAGCAACGCCCAUGUGGAAGACCACGGCCCAAAAAAUCAGAAAUUUUUAUUUUGAAGAUGAAGAAAUUUCGGAAAAAAAUUUCGAAAAAUUGGUAAAACUUGUGAGUGACCGGUUUUUGGUCGAUGUUGACUCCGCCAUUAAACUACAAGCCAAAAGUACCAAAUCCCCGGUCUACUACUACCAAUUCGGGUUCCCUUCGGACUCCAGUACCAACAAAACCGUGGCCCACAGCGAGGACGCGCAGUACUUCUUCUACAACAUGUUCCAAAAACAACCAACACCCAACGAACUCAAAAUCAAGGAUGUCUUGAUGGAGAUGUUCCUCAGUUUUGUCAAAAAUGGGAAACCAAAAAUUUUCGAUAUUGACUGGCCACCGGUCAAAGCACCUGACAUUUCAUUUGUCAAAAUUGACGGUUUUGCGCCUGAAGAUGUCAAAGUCGAAACGCUGAAAGAGCUAGGACCGCGAGAUUUUUGGAAAAGUUUGGGAUUUUUGGAGAAUCAAAAUUUGGUUUUGUUAAAAGAUGAGUUGUGAUUUAUUUUUUAAAUAAAUUUGAGUGUUUUA